AAACUAAAGUUCAUAAACCCAAAGAACAAGAAAACCAAAACAAAACAAAACAGAACAAACCAAAACACAGAGGCCAUGAUAUUAUUAUCAGUUUAACGGUCCAAGCCUCGCCAACACCCCCUCCUUUCUUCUUUCAUAAGUUUUGAUUUGUACGAAAGUGAAACUUGGGGGGAGCUGGGAAGAUGGCAGAAAGCGCAGCACCUGAUUCUUUAUUCUGCUCUGUUUGCUUGGAGGUGUUGAAGAACCCCGCGACUCUUCCUUGUGGCCACAGCUACUGUAUGGACUGUAUAAACAGCUACUGGAACCAAGAGGAGCAGAGAGGUGCUUGCAUCUGUCCCCAGUGUAGACAGAAGUUCUGCCCCAGACCUGUGUUGAACAAGAACACAGUUCUGGCUGAUCUGAUGGUUAAUAUGGCAGAGGGUGGACGACCCACCAGUCCUGAGAAGAAUGAAGUUGGUUCAGGAGAUGUGGAGUGUGACUUCUGCACCGUGAGGAAGCUGAAAGCUGUCAAGUCUUGCCUGGUGUGUCUGGCUUCUUACUGUGCCACACACUUGCAGCCUCAUUAUGAGUCUGCUGCAUUCAAAAGGCACAAACUGGUGGAGGUGUCGACUUCCAUUCAGGAGAAGAUCUGCUCCAAGCAUGACAAGCUGCUCGAGGUCUACUGUCGCACUGAUGACCAAUGCAUCUGUCUGCUUUGUGUGAUAGAUGAGCACAAAGGUCAUGACACCGUCUCAGCUGCAGGAGAGCGGGAAGAGAAACAAGGAAAAUUUGGAAUGAAGAAGCAGAAAUUCCAGCAAGGAAUACAGGAAAGAGGAAAGCAGCUUCGGCAGCUGAAACAGAAAAUGAAAGCACUGCAGAGCUCUAGAGAUGCGGCGCUUGAUCAAAACGAGAAGGCCUACGCUGAAAUGGUCAUGAUGGCAGACAAAAGGCGAGCUGAAAUGAAGGAGCUGAUUGUUGAAAAGGAAAAGGCUGCAGUGAGUCGAGCUGAGGCAUUCAUGGAUCGACUUGGGAGGGAGAUCAGUGAUCUGAGGAGGAGAGAGGAUGAAAUUAAUCAGCUGACGCUGACUGAGGAUCACAUUUAUUUCCUGCAGCACUGCAAGCCCAUUUUUGACUGCACAGAACCUCAAGCAUCCUCUGAUUUCAACAUCCAGCUACACACACCUUUUGACUUUGUGACAAAGGCUAUUUCAGAGUUGAAAGGGAAAAUGGAGCUCAUGGCAAAAGAUAUUGAACAAAUAUCAGAGAAAAUCAAGAUUGAUCAGGAUCCAAAGACAAGAGAGGAGUUCUCCAUGUAUGCCUGCAGCCUCAGUUUGGAUCCCAACACUGCAUUUGAGAACCUGUGGAUCUCUGAGGGAAACAACAAGGUAACCUGGAUCAAAAGAGCCCAGAAGUACCCCUACCACCCUGAGAGAUUUCUCAAAUAUGAUCAAGUGUUGUGCUGUGAGGGUUUAUCUGGGCAUGGCUACUGGGAGGUUGAAUGGAAAGGGCCCAGGGCUGAAGUAGCUGUGUGCUAUAAAGGGGCAAAGCUGGAAGAAAGUUGCUUUGGAUACAAUGACCAAUCCUGGUCCAUUUCCCUUUCAAAUUCUGGAUGCCACUUUUGGCACAAUGGAAUCAAAACCAGAGUGCCCACCCCCUGUUCUUCUACAGUGGGAGUGUAUCUGGACCACAAGGCAGGAAUCUUGUCUUUUUACAGCGUGUCUGAAUCUGGUCAGAUGAUGCUCCUCCACAGGGUUCGGAGCGAGUUUUCCCAGCCUCUGUUCCCUGGGUUCAUGGUCUCCAGAGGAGCUUCAGUUAGGAUAAAAGCACCAUAGAUGGUCAGGGCUGUUUACAUUAGGCAAGAUCUUUAUCUGUGCAAAUUAAACUCUACUGUUGAUUGUUUUCUAUAGUUAAAGAUAGCUUUUUAUAAUACUAUACUACAUGUUAACCAUUUAUAUAGCAUCUGUAUCUGUAUAGAACUGAUACUGUAAUAAUUUUGAAAAUAUAAGAAAUAUAAUGUUACUGUAAACUCAGAAUUUUUUUUGCUUCCAAAUGUUGAAAUAAAGCCAUUGAA